AUGUCAAAAUGUGUAAUAAAUAACUUACUACAAAUAUUUAAAAGCAGCAUUUCAGCAGUACUUCCCGAAAAAUUGAUAAAUAACGUUGUGCAAUUUGAUCCCAAAAGUGAACAGCUAUCUAUUGCUGGGGAAAGUUUUAGUUUAUUAAACAAAAAUUUAUAUGUCAUCGGUACAGGUAAGGCAGUGCAAAACAUGGCUAAGGAAGUGGAGAAAAUAUUUGGUCCUAAAAUAAAACAUGGGAUCAUAAGCAUUCCAUAUGGAAGUUCAUGUAAUUUUACAGUGGAUGGGAAUGUCAUUUAUUAUGAAGGUGCUCAAAAUAAUCUGCCUGAUGCAAAUGCUCAAGCAACAGCAAGCAAAGUUAAAAAUUUGGCAAAGCAACUCAGUAAUGAUGAUAUUCUGCUAGUCCUGAUAUCAGGAGGUGGUUCCGCAUUAUUGCCACUACCGAAAGAACCAAUAACAUUAGAAGAAAAAACUGAAAUUGUAAGAAAAUUAGCAAAUGCAGGUGCAGAUAUUACUGAAUUAAAUACAGUAAGGAAAAAACUUUCAGAUCUUAAAGGUGGCCAAUUAGCAAUAAUCGCACAACCUGCAUUAGUGAUUUCAUUAAUACUGUCUGAUAUUGUUGGAGAUCCAUUGGAUCUGAUAGCUAGUGGACCUACUACAGAAAAUAAGGAUCAUCAAAAUGCAGCUGUAGACAUUAUACAAAAGUACAACUUAUAUGACCAACUACCAAACUCUAUCAAGCUCAUAUUGGGAAAUAAAAACAAUCUUGAAACAUUCCCUAGACAUAAAGUUAAAAAUCUUAUUAUCGGUUCCAACAAACUAAGUAUUGAUGCAGCAGUAAAUGAAUGCAAAACUUUAAACUAUUCAGCUAUACCUCUAUCAAAUGCUGUUACUGGAAAUGUCAAAGAUAUUGCGAAAAAGUAUGUUAAAUUGUCAAAAUUGUUAUGCGACUUUAUGGAAAACCUUAUAGGCAAAGAAGAGUUGAAAGACCAAUUGCUGUGUUUAGACAUACCUGGAAGUAAUAACCACAUUGACAAUAUUUGUGAUCUUGAAAUUUCAGCAUCCCAUGUUUGUUUAAUUCUUGGUGGAGAAAUAACAGUCGAAGUAAAAGGUUAUGGGAAAGGUGGUAGGAAUCAACAGCUAGCUCUAGAGUUUUCUAAUAAUAUUAAUGAAACUAAAGAUAAUUUUCAAAACUUUGAUGUAUAUUUACUUAGUGCUGGCACUGAUGGUAUAGAUGGACCUACGGAUGCAGCUGGAGCAAUUGGAUAUAUAGAUUUAGUACCAUAUGCCAAGAACGAAAAUAUUGACAUUUGUAAAUAUCUUACUAAUAAUGAUUCCUACAACUUUUACAAAUCUUUUGAUAAAGGCCUUAUGCAUGUAAAAACAAGCCACACAAAUACCAAUGUCAUGGACAUACAUAUAAUUCUUAUAAUAAAAAAAUGA